AUGGGAUCAGGCCGUAAAAGAAAAUAUUUGAGAGAAGAAUCAAAACUUCCAGAAAAAGGGUUCCAUGAUGCUGUUAAUGCUUUAAGUGCUAUAUGCAAAGAGGAGUCAACUGAGUUUGAUAAAUUUGGGGAAAGCAUGGCAGCGCAGCUGAAAGCAUUGCCUAUUGAAGAUGCUUACUUCAGUCAAAUAGUUAAUGAUAGUACUUCAUCGAAAAGUGAACCAUUUUCUGCAGGUUCAUCAGAUAAUUACAUCCCAGACAGUAGUGAUGACAGUGAUGAAAGUCUGAUGAAUGAAGGAAAUGAGCUGCAGACUUUGAACUCUGUUCAGAACAAAGAUUAUCCAUCAGAAGAAGUCUACGCUACUGCUAGUAAUAAUAAUCAACAAUUAUUAUUUAAUUCUGAUCUGGUUCAAGAAUUGGCAAUACCAGGUAACAUGACAAGUUUAGACCAUAUCAGCGAUGAAAAUAAUAUUAAAUAUGAAUCCGAAAUACUUACCAAUAUCAAUCAACAGUCAACUCAACCAACAUUAAUAGAACCACUGGAUACAACACGAAAACGUAAACACGACUAUCCUGCUAAAGAAAAAUUAACAAGAAAACGACAGUGCAAUCCAGAAACGUGGAAACGAAAGAUCAAUUACAUAAAUAGAGAAAAAGGUGCAGAUAAAGAAAUUCUACCACAUCAAGAACUUAGCGAUAGAUGCGGCCAAGAUGCAGCCAUCAAAUCAGCUGGUGUUGCAGAAGAAAAGCACUAUAAACAAAGUUCUGUGGUAAGUGACGACCUUUAUUUAAGUGACAGCGAUGAUUCGAUAAAGGAUAAAGAUUAUCAACCAGAUUCAGACACUGAUUUAGAUGAAAGUGGAAAAGUCAAUAGUUUGAAAAAGUAUCUUCCUGCAAAACUAGGAUUUGCCAAGAUUUCUAUCGAAACUGAAUCUGAGAAUUCACAUAUGGAACUUUCAAUAGAAAAAAAUAGUACCAUUUUUAAUCCUACUGAUUGUGAAUUGGAAGUAAGCAAAGAAAUCAUCAGCACUUCAUUACACAAAGAAGCCGAAGAUAAAAAUGAUGAAGUGAGUUCCGAUUCUACAGUACAGGUUCAAACAGUAUCAGCUCAAAUACAUUCUACACCAAAACAAUUUGCCGAGCCUUGCACAUCAAAAAUAACCGCCACCGAUAGAAACCUAAUAACUUCUAAGAUUAACUACGAUGAAAUCAAGGAAAAAAAACAAUGUUACCCGCCAACGGAUUGCAUAAAGGUAUCAAGUACUUGCGCAGAAAGCAGUUUACAAAGUUUAAUAGAUAACACCGUUUACCGCUUAUCAGUGGGGUUAGAAAAAAUCCUUUGUUCUCUAAAUGACAAUGAAAGGAAGUCUUUAAAAAUUAUUUGUAAAUGGGGUUGUGACGGAUCUCAACAAGCCAGAUACAAACAGAAAUUUGACGAUGACGCUGCUACGGAUGCGCAUAUAUUCCUAUCUUCUUUUGUUCCACUUCGAAUAGUAUGUGGCAAAAAAGGUAAAAAAGUAAUUUGGCAAAACCCAAUACCGUCCUCGCCUAGAUAUUGUAGACCUAUACGAUUUAGCUUUGUAAAAGAAACAGUUGAUGUAACGAACGAGGAGAUCAGUUACGUUGAAGAAUCUGCCAAAAACUUAACACAUACUAAAGUUGUUUUGAACGGUAACACAUUCAUGUUUGAUCAUGUUUUUAAGAUGACCAUGAUUGAUGGCAAGGUUUGUAAUGCUGCAACUAAUACAAAAUCUACAAGUCGGUGUUAUAUAUGCGGAGCGACAUCUAAAGACUUUAACAAUCUGAAUAAAAAAUUAAGUACAAGUUCUAAGGCUAUUGAAUUUGGUCUCUCGGUAUUACAUGCUAGAAUUCGAAUGCUUGAAAGCGUUUUACAUUUGGCAUACAAAUUACCAAUAAAAAAGUAUGGAGAAAAGAGAACUGACGAAGAAAAGAAGAUAGAAGUGCUCACAAAAAAAUAUAUCCAGGAAAGAUUUAGAAAAGAAACUGGAUUGUUAAUCGACAUGCCAAAAGCCAAUUUCGGGAACACUAAUGACGGCAAUACUAGCCGAAGAUUUUUUGAAAAUCCUCAACUAGCUGCCGAUAUAACAAAAGUUAAUUUUGAAUUGAUAUAUAGACUGAAGAUUAUAUUAGAAACAAUUUCAAGUGGUCAUAAAAUUGACGUUCAACAAUUUGAUGAUUAUUCAAAAGCAACAGCGAAACUGUAUGUCGAUCUGUAUGGAUGGCACCCUAUGACACCGACCAUGCAUAAAAUAUUAGUUCACGGUGCAGAAAUAAUCGAAAAUGCCUUAUUACCUAUAGGGCAGCUGUCGGAAGAGGCAGCAGAAGCUAAAAAUAAGCAUUUUCGAUUAUAUCGCGAGAACUAUGCACGAAAGUUCUCGAGGGAGGAAUGCAACCUUGAUAUAUUUAACAGACUUCUUCUAACUUCUGAUCCAUUAUUAACCAUUUUAAUCAGCAAGAAACGUGUACAGAAAAGAGUCAAACCAGGCUCAUUUUGCCCUGAAACAAUUCAAAUGCUUUUACCAGGUGACCCGAAUACUGAGUCCGAUAUGUCAGACACUGAUAUGCAAUAUAAGAAACAAAAAAUAAACUCUAAAAGUGAGGCUAUAAGUUAUUUAGAAAAAAAGGCCCAAAAUGAGGAAAAUAGAAAAUUAAGAGAACUAGAUCUAGAAGAAAGAAAAAUUGCCUUAGAAGAGAAAAAAGUGGAUCUGGAAGAAAGAAAAGUAACACUGAAAGAAAAAAUGUGGGAAAAACAGGAAAAGAAAUUCGAAAUUGAAAUUUGUGAACAUAAACAAAUUUUGAGUCUUGUUGAGAACCAACAAAAGUUAUUUACAAUGUUAUUAGAACGACCAAACUGUAGCAGCUUCAAAUGAGUUUUUUAUUUUUUUUUUAUAUUUAUAGUAGAUUCGUUUAAAAAUAAUUUCAAGUAAAUAAAUAAGUCUUUUAAUUAGGUUUAUGAGUUUUUAAUUCACCAUUCCAUUAAAAAAACAUGUUUACAAUCUCACUAUAUCCUAAAAAAGUUAUAUUUAUAAUACAAAACAUUUAGUCAAUGAUUAACAGCAAAUUAAUUUUAAUUGAUAUUUCAAUACAGAUAUCCAUUUUACUUAAAU